AUGUUCUGGCUCCUCUCUGUGCUCCUGCUUUCGUCGGCUACAUGCUGGAUUUCGGAAAAAUGUUACGUUUAUGAAGACGCUAGCAUGAUUAAGAACACGGGCUUUCUAGAUUGCCCGACUGGAAACCUUACGGCGGACUGUACGGAUGUCGGCGAUGUGAAGACGGAUCUUGCCACGCUUCCUCCUCGAACUAACAGCCUUUGCCUGGGAGCAGCACGUGGACUGGUGCUACGUCCAAAUGCUUUGGACCGAUUCUCCGUUCUUGAACAGUUGUACAUUAGAGGAUGUCCCAAAGUCAUUCAUUCUGGAGCUUUUGCAGGGUUGCCACGUUUGCGGCUGAUAUCGUUCAACGUAAGUCUGACUCAAAUCGUAGGAUGCUGCAGUUCAUCUGUGUUGCCGAAUGCUUUCGGGCAGCUCCCCAGCUUGAUCCAGCUUUCUUUUAAUCACUACAACAUCUCCACCAUGUCAACAGAUGUGUUUAGUGGACUGACAGACCUAAAAGCCUUGCGCUUCCACAUCUGUGGCACAGAAGCCUUGGAUAUUUCAUGCAGAAUUGCUGAACUCUCACAAUCCCUGACGUCACUGUAUGUCGGCGCUGAUGAGACGGUCACGCUGAGACGCCAAAGCUGUCCUCGCUUGGACGACGCCCCGAUGAGUGGACAUUUCAAAGCUCUGAAAAGCGUCUCUUUCGUAUUUCCAAAUCUGAAAUAUUUGGGCGAAAGUGCUUUCGAGUACUUUCCAGAGAUUUCUUUUCUAAACAUGCGCGUGAAUACGGUUCUGAAGACGCAGCUGUUGCAGUCCGGAGUACGAAGCAUCGCGACGUUUGAAGCCGACCUGGAACAAGGUGGUCUCGGGCCGGUCUGCGGUAUCGCGUUCGAACUUUCGGUUGAAAACCUCCGUGUAAAAUUAGGAACGCGUUUUGCGCUUCGCGACAAUAUCGGACUCGAAGGAUGCGUCGGACUACGAGGAAUAACGCUCGCCAGCUCCUCCGUGCAAGACGAGCUGCGCUCCAUCCGAGCGCUGAAAAAUCUACGCGUUUUGGAGUUGGACGGAGAAUUUUCGCCGCGGUCGCUCGGGAAACUCUGUGAGCCGUCUGAUUCUGCGUCACUGUUGGAAAAAUUCCGCCUCAAUAAUAGUCAGUUAAACAAAAUAACGAGACGGCAGUUUUGUUGUCUCAGAAAUCUCAGCGUUCUCGAUCUGUCCUAUAACAACAUAUCCACGAUACACGACUUUGCAUUUGAAGGAUUUGAUAAGUUGCAAGUUUCAUACCUAACGGACAAGAGUUUACUGUCUUUGACUGAUAAUCAGACUUUUACUGGCCUCCGUAGAUUGGAACAUUUAGAUCUGUCAGGGAAUAAAAUGUCUUCCGUUAACUUUGCCGUAUUUGAGGGCCUGAACAGUUUAAAAGUCUUGAACCUGUGCAGCAACAGGAUUACUCGGAUCACGGCGGAUCGUUCGAUCUCGCCUUUGGGACUGGCGAGUUUGGAGCGUUUAGACUUGAGAAGAAACAGAAUCGCAUACGUCGAUGACUUUGCAUUCGAGCAAAUGCAAACUUUAAAGACUUUAAUGUUGGAUUACAACAAGAUUUCUGAAAUUAGCAGGCUCACAUUCUUUGGUCUGGAGCGUUUAGAGUCGUUGAUGCUUGAAUAUAAUGUAGUGAAAUACUUUCAGCCCUCUGCCUUGAGCGAUUUAACCUCUUUGAGGAAAUUCACGGUCGGGUGUCUCAGACAUCCGUCGUCCGAGACCGCAGAGGUCGAGAUCAAUCUCGGUCUCCUGUUUGGUCGCAUCCCGGUAAACCUCACCGAGCUCGCCAUCAGCUCGUGUAGCCGCCCGAUGACCAUCGUGAUCGGCAGCGAGAGUGCACCCAAGCCCGGUCUCCGUCUUCGUAUCUUCGGACACAGCGUCCGUUUUCUGGAUUGCGAGAAGCCGUUCUUUCUGUCCGUGGUCGAUCUUACAGCUAUAGUCAAGCAGCUGUUGUGCGGCUCACGCUUCGCUGGGAAAUACUUCAGACACUUGGAAAGCUUUUUGUUAUGUUCUCAAGUUAUGUCCACGUUUGUCGAUCUGGUCGAUCUUAACACGCUUUUGCGCCUUCGGAAGCUUGAAUUCGAGAACGUAGACCUCUCUGACCAACCCCAACUUGGCACCAUGCUCCACAAUCUGACAUCGCUGAACGUUUUGGGUUUGUACAAAUGCCGAAUUCCUUCCUUCAGUGAAGAUCUUACCAAAGACUUGAAGUCACUCAAAUAUCUCAUCGUUCAGUUGUACAAUGGCUUGAGUGUGGUUGAAACCUUUCCCAGGCCACUUUUAAAUCUGAAGUACAUGUUUCUGAUUAACACGGUGCUCAGCUGCAGCUGUGACAACGCUUGGUUUAACGAAUGGGCCAAACACCAAAGGCAAGUCCAAGUGAUAACAAGGGCGUACAACAAGGACCUUGCAUUAGCAUGCCAAAACAUGAACGGCAUCCAAAACUUUGCCAAGUACACCGAGUCCAGCUGCUUGAUACAUGUAGAGUUCGUAUUAUUCGCCUUGACUUUUUUCGCGAUUCUGCUUUUCAUGUUAGUGGUUCUAGUCCAUAAUCUUGCUGGAGAUUACUUGCUGGCGUUUAUAUACAUCGCUCGUGGCUGGGUUGGCGAAGCCAUUCGAGGGCGUGCUAACAGGCGCUACCAGUACGACGUUUUCGUGUCGUACUCUGGAACCGACGAGCGCUGGGUCGUCGACGAGCUUCUUCCCAACCUGGAGACACGAGGACCACCCUUCCUGCGCCUCUGCCUCCACAGCCGGGACUUUCAGCUGGGCCUGGACAUCGUGGAGAACAUCACAGGAAGUCUGUACAGGAGCCGCCACACGCUUUGCCUGCUCAGCCGUCACUACCUCCGCAGCAAGUGGUGCUCUUUAGAGAUGAAGCUGGCCACUCACCGCUUGCUAGUGGAGAACAGGGACGUUCUGAUCGUCGUGUUUCUGGAGAAGAUCUCGCCUCAGCAGCUGUCCGCUCACCACAGGCUGGCACGGGUGGUCAAGAAGAAAACCUACAUAGACUGGCCCGAGGAACCCGGACAACGCACGGCAUUCUGGGAUAGACUGUGGGCCAAGCUCGCGCCUGAGCCUGCCCGAACAAAGCGAUGACUCGUGGAUGUUUUCAUGGUCU